AUGACAGAAAAUGGCGAAAAUGCGAAAAAGCGGAAGUGGGAAGUUUUCGCUGGGCGAAAUCGAUUCUUUUGCAAUGGAAGAUGCUUGAUGGCGAAUGAUUCUGGAGUUUUUGGACUUACCAUUUUCCUGAUUAUUGCCUGCUCAGCUUUGUUCUUCGCCUUCGAAUGUCGCCUUACUUAUGCAAAGAUCCACCUCGGCUGGCUGGUGAUUCUUGCCGGUGCUAUUUUGGCCGUCUUUUCGAUCUGCUUUCUGCUGCGAACUGCGUGUAGCGACCCUGGUAUCAUCACAAGGGCGACGAACUCCGAAGCUCACGCUGUCGAGCAGAUCAUCAAGGAAGAAGAAGAAAAGACGGGACGGCUAAACAAGCCGCGCCACAAAAUCGUCACCGUCAACGGAAUGACCAUCAAGCUCAAGUACUGUUACACCUGUAGAUUCUUCAGACCACCGCGGGCCUCGCACUGCUCUCUCUGCAAUAACUGCGUUUCCAGAUUCGACCAUCAUUGUCCAUGGGUCGGGAAUUGCGUCGGAGAGCGAAACUACCGCUACUUUUAUUUGUUCCUCGUCAGUUUGUGCAUUCUGUGCCUCUUCAUCUUCUCAGCUUCUGUUGCUCACCUGAUCCUCUACUCGAAAGAAAUCGUCGACGAAAACAGCCAAGAAGAACGCGGUUUUAUCGAAGCGAUGAAAGAUUCUUGGGGCUCUUUAAUUGAAGUCGUCACGUGUUUUCUUUCGAUUUGGUCCGUUCUUGGCCUCACUUCAUUCCACACAUACCUCAUUUUCUUCAAUAUUACUACCAACGAGGACAUAAAGGGCUCCUGGGACACUCGCCGUCAGCCCGACGCUUUCAACCCCUUCGACCGCGGCUCCUACUUCAAGAAUUGCCUCGCCGUGCUGUGCGGCCCUCUGCCGACGCGAAUCCGCUUCGAACAUUUCGCUACGGAUGAGGAUUUCGAGGUUUACGAUUACGCGAAGACGCUGGAGAACGGCAAUUAUGGAGCGGGUCAAAUCAAUGGAACGUAUGCUCAAUCUAAUGGGCAAGUGCCUCAGGCGUAUCCAGUUCAACAAAAUGGAGAGGUCAACUUGCCAGGUGCGCCAGCUGGAACUGAGGCGAAAGGUCGAGACAAUCCAGCUCUUAAACCAUAG